AUGACGGGCGAUAAGAUAACACCGACGACAGCCAUUACUAUUUAUAAUCAAAGUUUAUCUAUUGUGACAAUUUCUUUGGCUUCGAUGGCUUUUCUACUGGUCAUGGCAUCAGUUGCUGCUUUUAUUUAUAUAACUCGAAAAGAAAAAAUACUUCGUAAACUACAUCUUAUAUUCGUACUAAUGAUUGUACUUGUCGAAAUUAUUAUUCUAAUAGGUGUUAUUGCAUGUUGCAUUACACAGUCAAGAAAUACUUUAGGUACAAUUUUAGCUGCACUUCUAAUUCUUAUUUCUCUUAUUUCUCUUAUGCUACUGAUCUAUUUUUUACUUGAAGAUAUUAUCAAAGAAAAAAUUGAACCAAUCCCUGGUGAUUUCAGCCCACACAAGUCUUAUGAAAUACGAGAAGUCAAAUCUAUUAGUCGAUGUGACUCACCUAUUCCAGCUUUUGCAGAUGAUAAAGCAAUACCAAUCUUUACACCACCUGUACUUACACCAUAUCCUCGUCUACCAACUCCACCCGCUCCAAUUACACCUGCACCAUUAGAAAAAUUUACAACUUCACUAUCAGCGGAAAAAAUUCUAACUCCAUCGCCUGUACAAAAUAUGUUUUUAUUUCCGCCAGCAUCUCCUUAUGUAGUCGAUUUUGAUAAAGCUCGCCGUGAUCUAUUAGCAGCUAUUGACGAACGAACAAUUCCAGCACUUGAAGUAGCUAUUCAACAAGCAAAAGAUUAUAAUUUUCUUCAGCAAUUAAAAUAUGAAUCUGAACGAGCUUUCGAAUUAUUAAAUCGUUUAAUGAAAAUUGAACAUAUGAAAAUCAGAGUACUACGUCUUAAUCAAUCAACCAUAGCUGAAUUACAUAGUUAUACUAAACCACCAGAAGAAGUAUCUACGGUGAUGCGUGCAACGUUUCUACUUCUUGGACAUACAGAAAAAGAAAUACAAGAAUGGGCACAAAUUCAAAGUUUACUAGGUCGUUUAGGAAAAGAUAGUGUACGUCGUCGAUGUUACGAACUUAAUCCUCUUAGUAUUGCCGUUCAUAAAGCACGUGAAGCAAAAGAUAUACUACGAAAUUAUGAUUUAGUACGUGUUAGUGAAAUUUCACUUGGCUUAGCAGCAUUUUUCAGCUGGGCAGUAACGAUGAUUGAAGAACGAGAAAAACUAUUAGAAUCACAACGAACCAUUCUACGAUAA